AUCCUCAGCAUAAGGGAUCGAGUCGUGUAGGAGGGAGGGCGGUGCGUGGAUCCUCCUCCCAAACCUGCGCCUCCCGACAUCAGAGGCGUACAGGGUCGCCAUCUUGAAUUACCGUGAGCCAGUCCUGCCGCUUUAUCGCCGAAUAUCUGAGCCAUCACGUGUAAAAACUCGAGACGGGACUUUUGUUUACGUUUCUAAUUUUUCGACUCCCCCUUAGAAGAUGGGAAACCGGGACGACGAGUAUGACUAUUUAUUCAAAGUGGUGCUAAUUGGGGACUCUGGUGUCGGCAAGAGUAAUCUCCUCUCAAGAUUUACCAGGAAUGAAUUUAACCUUGAAUCCAAAUCUACCAUUGGGGUUGAAUUUGCUACCCGCAGUAUAGAGGUUGAUGGCAAGACAAUUAAGGCACAGAUUUGGGACACAGCCGGGCAGGAACGCUACCGAGCCAUCACGUCAGCCUACUACAGGGGCGCAGUGGGGGCUCUUCUAGUGUACGACAUCGCCAAGCUUCUCACCUACAACAAUGUAGAACGCUGGCUAAAGGAAUUGAGGGACCACGCUGACCAGAACAUAGUCAUUAUGCUUGUUGGCAACAAGUCCGACCUGCGCCAUCUUCGGUCGGUGCCCACUGAGGAGGCCAAGGCAUUUGCUGAGAAGGAGGGGCUGUCGUUCAUCGAAACCUCUGCGUUAGACUCCACCAAUGUAGAGACUGCCUUUCACAACAUCCUCACAGAGAUUUACAGGAUUGUCUCCCAGAAGCAAAUUCGUGACCCCCAUGACCGCGACGACAGCCCCACGGCCGACGUUAAGGCCAUACAUGUGGAGCCAACUGUUAACGCUGAGAGUGUGCGCAGGCAGUGUUGUCAGCAGUAAGGGGGCGGGGCUCUCCCACCCCCACAAGGCUGCCUAUUCGGGAAAUAAGAGAAAGGAGAUUUACCGCAUAGUGUCAAGGCAGCAGCUCCCUGACAGUGGCACGAACGAACCUCCUGGCGGUAAAACUAUCACUGUCGAACCUACCGAAGAGACCAACAGGUCCACCAACAACUGCUGUGCCCGUUAGUCCCCUCCAACACCCCCACCACCACCACCACCACCAUAACCAAACCUAUUCCUCCAUUCACACCCUUCAUCCUUAUCUGACCCACCACUACCUAAUCCAAUUGUCCCAGUAAUUCUGUUUAUCUUUCUCUCGUUGACUCUCUCCUGUCCAAAAGGUGACGUGGGUUGAUGGUUUCUCUGCCUCCUCUCCUUCACUCUUGCUGUUGCCUCACCAAUACUCCUGCCACUGCUGUGUGUCUGUGUGUGUCUGUGUCUGUCUGUGUGUGUGUCUGUGUGUGUGUUGUGGUUGUGCUGUGGCAGGAUCUGGGAGAGGGCAGCUGGUCACACACACACACACACACACACACACACACACACACACACACACACACACACACACACACACACACACACACACACACACACACACACGUACAUACAUACACAUGCAUUACACACAUACAUACACACACACACUGGGGCAUUGAGGAUGUUCUGAUGAGGAUGUUGGUAUAUAUAGUUAUACAUAUAUAUAGUAUUGUUUGCUCACCUAUGAUGCAAUCUCUGUUUAUUCCUCUUCUUCCUCCUCCUCUUCCUCCUCCUCCACCCCCUCCUUGCCAUCACCACCACCACCACCCCACCAAGGAUCGGCUUUACCUUGAGAGUUGAGCAGCCACUGUUUACCUUUACUUGAGGAUUGUGAUAACACUGUCCAUAUUCACAGUAUGUAUAAUCAGUGUUAGGGAACCCAGUUUUGAGAUUAAGGUUAAAAGCCACAUAGGCAGGUAGUGAGUGGGACAGGUUUGGCCAUGUUUUGUUAAAGCUGCAAAUUGUUUAUAUUAUUAGCUUAAAAGUAAAAAAAAAUGUGGAUUGCUACACUAUAUUACUAGAUUGUUUGGUGAUUUUUUUGUUUCUUUUCUUUAUUUUUGUGAGGUUCAUACGUAACCAGCGAGACAUUUGAGUCGGAAUUGGACCAAAGUGUGAUUUGAGGCAAAUUUUUAUUGCAACCUGUUGCUCCCAAAGGUUAGAUAUAAAUGUGGUAAAAGUCUAAGAAGCACUGUCACCCUGUUCUAUAUAAUUCUUCACUGUACAGAGAGCUUCUUGCUUUAUAUCAAGCUAUUUUAUAUCAGCAGAAAGAAUAAUCCCUUUGUCUGAGUCCAGUGUGCAAGGGAGAUGCUGCUAGGCGCAGGCAGCAGUGGGCGAGGCUAGGCUAGCGCGUCGUUGGCGGAGCCGCCUCUGCAGCCCGCCAGGCAUAUUAAGGGAGCGCGUCUGUCGUGCGAGGGACGGACCAACCGGACGGAAGAGUGUGUCUAGGCUGCCUUAUUUCCCCGAGGGUGACGCCCUGUAGUAGUUAUUGCUGUCUUGUGUCAGGCACCGCCGAUCAGAGUGGAGCAUUGGACGCCGCUCUUUCAUUUCACGAGCAACCCCAUCCAGUUACUUGUUUCCCUGUUUGUCCACGGGCUCGUCAACGGCUCCGCGGACGCCGCUGCCGAGGGGUUAGCGCUGCCGCCGCCGCUGCCGCCGCCACCAAGACCCAGGCGUGCCAGUGAAAAGUUGUUGUUAUCUUGGGGUUCUGUAAUAAUAAUAAUAUUAAUAAUAAUAUUGAUGAUAAUAAUAAUGAUCAUAAUGUUUGCCAAAUAUUUAGUUACCCUUUCCCUUUACUCUGAUGUCCAGCCUGCGGCCGAGCUUCACUCUGAGAGGCGAGGGUGGAAUGCAGGCUGGCAGUCAGUGGCUAAUGAAGGAUCCAUCACCAUCACCAUCAUGUUCCCAUCUGGCACAUCGUAGCGAGAGACUGAGGGGCAAAGUGAUCCAUCUUGAUGACAGUUGAUAGAGAAUUACCAUCCUUACACACACACACACACACACACACACACACACACACACACACACACACACACACACACACACACACACAGCAUUAUUGUUCAGCUUUUGGGCAGAAUCACAUUCCAGACUAUUAAGACAAGGAAAGAUUUACACUGCAAGAGUUACUUUGGCUUUCCCUCCUGUGUGAUGUUGCUGCACCUGGUACUGCAUUGACAACCCUGAAUCACUCCAUUCAUUCUUGAUUCGUAAAGACAGCAAGCCACUCGUCAGUUUGUGUAUAGCAGUGCUGGCAUCUCGAGCACAGUGCCGGUUAUUGGACACAUUGGCACACAUGUUAUUAGGGGUGCUGUUAUUGUGAAUUGGCAUAAGUUAUUUCUAGCAUGUUGAUUAUUGAAGCACCGUUUGGGCAUAAACUAUCUACACAUGAUUAUUAUAUAUAUUAAUGGACUAGAAGGGUUACCGAAAGCUUUGAAAUUAUGGUGCUUUUGGGUCUUUUGGGAGUAUGAAUUCAAUGCUACAGAUUACUUAUUGAUGAGUCUGGGAGGGGCAGUGAAAGUGUUUGGGUCAAGGCUGCAAGGAAUAGAGCUGGUAAGGGAGGUGGUGUUGCAAGAUUAAGUUGUUUAUAAAUUGAUAGUUUUGAUAUUCCCACACACACACACACACACACACACACACACACACACACACAUAUGGAAUAUCUCGGUGAACAUUCAAUGAAUCAUGCUUUCCUGCGUUGAGUUGAAGUGAUUUGAAUGCCUCUCUGAAUACAUUUUUCCCACCCAGGCCAGAGUACCCCAAGAGAUGUUCCUCAUAAGAUAUCAGCUUAGCAAGUCAGUUCAUCACAGAGCCUCUGACCGUCACCCAGUACAGUUCCUUGUCUUAGAGCCAGUACCAGUGCAGCAGUCAGUCAGCCAGUCAGCCAGUCAGCCAGCCAGCCAGCCAGUCAGUCAGUCAGCCAUUCAGCCAGUCAGUCAGUAAGCCAGUCAGUCAGUCAGUCAGUACCAAGCCUCAGAAUAUAACAAAUCUUAAACAGUUCAUCUUAUCAUCUUAUUACUCCAAGUCCUGUACAGCUGUCAGCCUAUUAUGUGAUGAAUAGCAUAUCAUUUCAUCCACCAAGCACCACCUCCCUUACCUCUUCCUUGCCACUCGUGUCUUGCACCAGUGAAGGCUUGGUGGUGCAGUAGCCAAUCAGUUCGCAGGUGCAUGGGGGCUGCAGGUGACAGGAUGAAUGGUUAACCUUGUAGGACACUAAGGAAAGUUUGGACCAUGUUACAGACUAGAGGAGUGAGACUUGAGGGCAUUGCCAGUCUCCAGAAGUCACUGUGUUUGUCUGUUUUGAGGGGUGCUUUGUGCGAGAGAGAAAGAGAGAGAGAGAGAGAGAGAAGUGUUAUUAUAAGUAUGCCUCUUCAUGAGUUGUAUCACUAGUAGGAUGUCUUAUAUGGGUUAUCAUAAUCAUUUUUCUAAUUAUUGUUUAUGAGUGCUAAAGAAUUCCUGUGGUAAUUUGAGAAUAACACUCAUCCACACACACACACACACACACACACACACACACACGUACACACACAUUUCCACACACGCUGUACAUCCACACAAGUGCAAAAUUGACAAGACUUAAAAUCUCUACCACAUCAUGUUUUUUUUAGCACAGGUUGUAAGCAAAAAAGAACCCUGGAACUUUUUUUUGUUACCUUAAGAAUUUAGUUCCUUAGUGAUAACCAUUGUGAUCCGCGCGGGGAGGGACAUGGUAGAGCCUCGAGUGCCCCAGCGUCACCAGCCGGGGCAAGACUGCAGGGUUCUGUGUGGCAAAUGUUCAGUUAGCAGAACCUUCUUGACUCGGUUAGCUAAUGUCGCUCUCUGGAAAGUUUUAUCAUCAUUGCCAUGUGAUUUCAGCAAGUCAUGUAGCCCAGUUCUUUUUUUUUUUCCACGCUUGCAUAGAAAAUUUUGUAAAGCAGUGUAAAGAUGCACAUUAUUUGCAAUAAAAUAAUGCUAAAUGAUUACAAACUU